UAGGUUAUAAACAGGGAAAAUGAACUAGAAAAAGAUAUAAGGGGAAAAGACAAGAACACGUCCGAGCUGAAAGAAAUGUUACAACAGACUUUGAGAAAAUUACACGAUAAGGAGAUUGAACAAAUGAAACUAAAACAAGGCUCAUUAAAGUUAUGGGAGACAGACUGACUGAUAAUAACCCUAACAUUACCGACCUAAGCGACAGGAAUCGCCCUACAAAACUCGCUGAAAGAUGUGCUAAGUUGUUUGACAAACAAUGGACUGAUGCGUUUGACAUUCUCGGCAAAUACUUCGAUACAGAGGAAAAUGUUAUAGAAGCCCUCCUAUGGAUAUUGCAGGAUGUCAUGACUUUCUGCGAAACAAAGGCGCACAGACAGAUGGAGAAGUUAGGACGGGAACUAAUAUUUGCUGACAAGCAUGAGAGUGAGGAAAUAUCAGCCGAUGUGCGUAAACUCUUUAAAGAUUGCAGGAAGACAGUGCCACCUGUUGCCUUAGGAAACCUAUAUAAGGUGUAUGUAUCACAUCUUGGACAGUCAACAGAUAAAACAUUAAGAACAGCUGUAGAAGUCAGCUCAUAUACAGCAGAAUGCCUUGAAAUCUGCUGGUUUAUGGUGAUACACGACCCACCUGUAGUAUUUUCACCGUUGCUAAGAAGAGGUUCAAGCUUUAACACCGACUUGUACAGACCCUACACAAGCAGCGGCACACACGUCGACUAUGUGGUAUGGCCUCCUCUAUUAUUACAGUUAGGCUGGUCCAAUUCUGGAGAAAGGUGUAGCUCAGGGAUACGGCAGGAAAUCAUAAAAGGGUACAUAAUGAAAUAUUUAUGUCACAUCAGUUGAUUAAGAAAGGUUUAAUCAGCUAAACAGUGCGAUAGAAACGUGAACUGACCAGAUUUAAAGACUGAUAAGGAGUCAACUCUGUGAUUUAUCAUAUCUGGUUUUUAUCACUUUUAUUAUUACGUUUCCAACAUGUAGUGGUGGAGACAUACUGAAUUAGUUCUGUCUGUCUGUCUGUCCGUCAGUCUGUCUAUCACAAAAUUUGUCCAAGCAACUCCCCCAACACCACCGGACAGAUUUACACUAUCUUUCACAAGAAUGAUCAAUGUCAAGACUAGUUGUGCAUAUCGUCGGCAUUUUAUGGUUUGAUCAUUUUUAGUGAAUUCUUCAAUUUUUAUGAUGGUUUGGCAAUUUUCUUGUGAUAUUGGCCAGAUUUUCAGCAUACCUUACAGGAGUAAUCAGUGCUAAGCCUCAUUUUGCAAAUUGUCAGCAUUUUCCGGCUCGACGAUUUCAGAAGAGUUAUGGAUCUUGAUUCAACAAAUGUUAUCAUGUUUUGACCAUUUUUCUUAUAUAAUUGGUCGGUUCUUCACCAAAUCUUACAGGAUUUAUCAGUGCCAAGCUUUAAUAUACAUAUUGUUGCAAUGUUCCAGUUCAGUGAGUUUUAGUGGAGUUACGUCCCUUGAUUAAUUGUAUUUUACCAUUUCUUGGCAACUGCUCAGAUACCACAAAGAGGAAUUACACAAAACUUUAAAAAGUGAUUAUUGAUCAAGUCUAGUUUUGAAUAUCGUUAGCAUGGUUUAGUUCGCUGUUUUUCAGCAGAGUUUUGGCCCUAGAUUCGUCUAAUUCUAUGAUGCUUUAGACACCUCUUAUAUGAUAGGGUUGAUUUCCACCAAACAUUACAGAAGUUAUCAGUGCCAAAAAAAGCAAGGAUAAAUAUCAAAUAUGAAAUGCCACGUUCCAAAGCGAAACUCACAGCACGCAGAUGUGCACACUGCCAAUACAUACAGUCACUCACAUACAAAGCAAACACACGAGGACAAAACGAACAAUAAGUCUUAUUAUGCAUAUUAUCGGAAUGUUCUUGUUCGGUGAUUUUCAGGAGAGUUAUGACCCUAUAUUUUGUCAAGCUUUAUAACAUUUUGGCUACUUUUCUCGCAUCAUUUGACAGAUUUCCAUCAAACCGUACAGAAGUUAUCAGUGUCAUUCCUAGUUGUAGUAGAUAUCAUAGGCAUGUUCCGUUUCAGUGAUUUUCAGCCGAGUUAUGACCUUAGAAUUGUAAUAUUUUCAAGAGUUUACACUGCUUGCUGUAUACAAUUAGGCUGAGUUUCACCAAACCUCACGGAUUAUUAAUUGUGAAGUGUAGAUAUGCAUAUUUAAUUUCAAUUUCCGAUUAUAUGAUUUUCAGGGGAGUCAUGGCUCUUGAGUGAUCUGUACUAUUUCUCCUAUACCACUGAUUGGAAAUCCACCAGAUUUCACAGGAGUUACCGCUGUCAAGCCUAGUUGUCUAUUUCGUUGAAAUGUUAUGAUUCAGUGAUCUAGCCGGGGCAUAACUAAAUUACUAUGCAAAGUAUUGGCUUGAUACUCAACAUAUUGAUAGAGGUCAGUGGGAUGGAGUGCAGUGACAAGGAACUAUAACUCUAUGUGAUCCCAUUUUUUAAUUAUCUACAUUUUUGAAAACUUUAUACGGGGCAUAACUUGGAUAUUAUGCAAGGUAUUUACUUCAUACUUCGCAUAUUUAUAGAGGUCAGUGAGAGGGAGUACAAUGGCAAGGAAACAGAACUCUAGGUGUUCCCAUUUUUUAAUUAUUUCACUUUUUUGAAAACCUUGUCCAGGGAAUAGCUUAAGUACUAUGUAAGGUAUUUACCUGAUACUUUACAAAUUGAUAGGGGUCAAUAAGAGGGAGUGCAGUUACAAGGAACCAUUACUCUAGGUGGUCUUGUUUUUAAUUAUCUCCCUUUUCUCAAAACCUUGUCUAGGGCAUAACUUGAAUAUUAUGUAAGGUAUUGACCUAUACUUUACAUAUUCAUAGAGUUCAAUGAGAGAAAGUGCAUGGACAAUGAUCCAUAACUCAAGGUAGUCCUAGUCCCAUUUUUGAACUAUCUCCCAUUUUGAAAACCUUGUCCGGGGGCAUAACUGGAAUACUUUAUAUGAUCAAUGACAGGGAGUGCAGUGUUGAAGAGCCACAAGUCUUGCUGAAAACGUUUCUCCUUAACACAACCUCAGUGAAUGAAAAAACCCUUAUGCUACAGUAAUUUCGGGGAGUAUCCAUCGGUGUUAGCGAUCGCCUUGUUUGUUUGUUUUUGUCUGCCACUCUCACACACACUAUUUGUUUUGCCACGGCUUUAUUUUUUUCAAUUAGGAUAAACGUAUUUGCUGUUUGUAUUCCCUGUCUCUAUCACUAUGUUUACAUUCUUUGGAUUCAUAUCAUUUGUAUUUAUUAAACUGGCUAGUUUCUCUAUUCCAGUGAUAAUAGCGACAUGCCACUAUGCUAUAAUCUAUCCGUACCUGUGAAGUGUCUUGAUAUUAUUCCAAAUUAGUAUAAUAAUUCUGUCAAUCACUUUGGGAAGGCGCCAAUAGAAAUUGCGUUGCAUUGCAGUGAAUGACUUAUCAGAUAUGCUUUUUUUUUGUUACAGUAUCUUCAUCCGAAGUACCUUUAGUUACUUUUUGUUAAGACUGCUGCUUUAAAAAUUGCAAAUUUGCAAAUUAUUUAAGAACAUUAUAGAAUGUCGUUUUACCAAGAGGACGUUUAUAUCUCAGACUGAUGGACUGGUGCUAAUAAAAAUAGUUGGAAUAUGUUUACCCGUUUAUGUUUUUGUUGAUAAUAAAAAAUGUAAUUCCGAUUUAUUAAUACCAUGUAUAAUUGUAUUGUCUAUAAUUUGUAGAAAACAUUUUUAAACAGUUUGAUUGUUUUAAUAUUUCUAUUGAUGAACAGGCAAUGGUGGUAGAAAUUUAAAGUCUUCAUGUUUAGGCUGCAAAAUAUUGAAUUCUAUUUACUUUGAGAAAAUACAGGAAUUGUCAAAACUGACAAAAAUACUCUCCAACGAGAGCAACUAUAUGGCUAUGGCAAUAAUUUUAGGAUCGAACAGCUAACAGAUACUUGUUAAUCAACGACACCAUGACUGAAGUGUAGUUAAAUCUCUUUAAAGUUAAUUAAUUCUAUUAUCCAAUGAUUUUCGACAGACUGAAGUUAAAUUAAUUAUUAAUAUUAUCGCUGCUGGGUCGACGUAUUUUUUUUUGUAUACGGCCCAUGUUCUGUCCCGUUCGUCACGAAGAUGCUAAUUGUAAGACGGUAGCAUACUUUUCCACUGCCGUCCAUGAAUUGGGCUGCAUCAUUUUCAUUUUUGUCAUGUUGUUAGCUAUGUUAUUAGCUAUGUGACCUCUGAGACAGUACCAUGGUAUGGUACAGUGAUUAGGAACAGUCACCAGUUUAAUACCAGGGUUGUUGUUAGAACGGCCUUAAGAACUGCUAGAUAUCUCAAAGUUAGUAUACUUUUUGAUACAUUUGAUACAUUUCCAUUUGUGUAUAUUAAUCAUAUAUUUUUAUAAUAAAUAAUGAU